CUGUCGUAUAUGCAUGGAGUUCUCUCGCUAUGGGACGCGACGCGUUGUCUUCUUUUCUCAUGCAUUGAUGGGACUCCAGCACGGCAACAGUCUUGUCAACGACGCUGCCACCCACACCAGCGCUCUCUCCAUUUGCUCGAGAGGCAUAUGCUGGUAUAUGUGUCAAUGCACCCGCGAGGGUGGCGUCGGUACCCGUGAUAAGUCGUAUGCUAUCACAGGUUUAUCUUCUUGAAGGUCUGCAUCGGAUUCCGCCGCUGGCCGCUAAGUGCUGGAGUUUCUGGACUCUUUGGCGCUCCGGUCAUUGCAACCGCUCUGGCGCCAUUGCUACAUGUCCUAUGUGCUCUCGCAAUGCGGCUAAUAAAUGUGAAAACUUUGGGGUUUGGAGAGUUCUUCGAACCACCAAGAUACGUAAUCCUGUCGCAUCGAUGGCAGGCCGACGAGGUGUCGUACGAAGAGUACACCCUCACGCUCCGACCUGCCGACAUGCUCACAGGGUGGGAUGAUCAUCAAGUGAACCUCAUCCGGCAGAAGUCUGGAUAUCAAAAGGUGAUACACUUCUGCGCGUGGGCGCGCACUUGGGCGAAGUCUGGGAAGAAAAGAAGGCGACAGAUCAUGGGAGCCAUUGAGUGGGUGUGGAUUGACACUUGCUGCAUUGACAAGCGCAGCAGCUCGGAGCUCUCGGAAGCUAUCAACUCGAUGUGGACAUGGUAUAAAGAGUCGGAGAUGUGCUGUGUGUAUCUGGCCGACGUUGCGGGAGGUUGGACCGACGAUGUCGAAUCGCUCAGGAGAUCGUUGGAAGCGAGUUCGUGGUUCACCCGAUCUUGGACUCUGCAAGAGCUGCUCGCACCGGUAGGUUUAGUCUUCUGCGAUCGCGACUGGAACACUUUCGAGACACUUGACAGGUCUUCAGAGUCUCGCUCCGACGGUGCCUUGGGGACCAGUAUGGAAUUCAGCCAAAUCCUAUCUGAUAUCACGGGCAUCUCUACUACGCACAUCAUCAGCCCGGGCGUGCACCGGUCGUCCGUUGCAGAGAGGAUGAGCUGGGCAGCUAAGCGGCGUGCCACCAGAGAAGAGGAUAAAGCAUACAGUCUCAUGGGUCUGUUCGAUGUCAAUAUGCCGUUGCUUUACGGUGAAGGUCGCAAAGCUUUUCGUCGCCUACAGUGUGAGAUCAUCAACCAGUCCGAGGACGAGUCAAUCUUCGCGUGGCAAGACACCUGUAUGGGAAGCCUUGCGAACGAAAACUGUGAUCUGCUUACGCACCAAUACUGUUUGAGGGCCGGUUUUCUUGCUAGAAGCCCUGAAGACUUUCUCAACUCCGCAGACACUGUGCGCUCAUUCGCGAAACGUGUCUAUGAGGACGACAAUGAUGUAUUGUCGGAAUGGUCGAAGAUAACGCAUCGAAGCGCGCCGUCCAGAAUUACGAGUCGCGGCAUUUUGAUUACCGGAAGAGUCUAUCGCGCACACGACAUCAAGACCGGGAUUCGACUGUUACUCCUCCCUCUACGAUGCUUUACUGUUGAUCCCAAGGGCGGAGAGCAUCUGUCCUGUCUCGUAAUCGACUCUGAUAGCGAAGUGACUGUGAGAAGUGAUGUCCGCGCAACCAAGACGGACCGGGAUACUUACACGGAACGACCUCUGGCGUGUAUUGUGGGUGUGAAGCUCGCCGCAUGGAUAGAGGACGGCAGUCUGAUUCUAGGGGACUUCCAGGACUUGCAGAUAUACCUCGGACUCUGAAUUUGCCGGCAUGCUUCGGUACAGUAUCGGUUGAUUGAAACUACAAUGUUCUGCGGCGAGAGUGUCAGCACAGAGAUAUGGUCGCACCCGACCUAAACCACUAUAUGCAAUCGGACUGGUUCAUAAAACAUCCGACAGAGAAAAACUAAGCUAGCCCGCUUGCCGGCUGGAGGGAGAUGUCACCUCGCGAAACCGGAUGGCUUACGGAUCGCCGUGGUUAGGUAUUCCACAAUGCGAACAGAAGCCCGCGAGGUGGUCAAGGACGUCGCCAUACCGUUUGCCCACGCCUACA